GGCGCCCCCCAGCAUGUCCAAGCAUCCUUCCUCGUACGGCAAGAACGGGCUAGCGGACCCCAUCUUCCAGGGGUCCCGAGGCACGGCCACGCGCAGGAGCCGCUUGAAGCGAUCCGAUGGCAGCACAACUUCCACCAGUUUCAUCCUCCGGCAGGGAUCAGCAGAUUCAUACACAAGCAGACCAUCAGAUUCUGAUGUAUCUCUGGAAGAAGAUAGGGAAGCAAUCCGCCAGGAGAGAGAACAGCAAGCCGCUAUUCAGCUUGAAAGAGCAAAGUCAAAACCGGUAGCGUUUGCUGUUAAGACUAAUGUGAGCUACUGUGGCGCACUGGAUGAAGAUGUUCCUGUACCAAGCACUGCCAUCUCUUUUGAUGCCAAGGAUUUUCUACACAUUAAGGAGAAAUAUAAUAAUGACUGGUGGAUAGGAAGACUGGUUAAAGAAGGUUGCGAGAUCGGCUUCAUUCCAAGCCCCCUUCGGUUGGAGAACAUCCGAAUCCAGCAGGAGCAGAAGAGAGGCCGUUUUCAUGGCGGGAAAUCAAGUGGGAAUUCUUCUUCAAGCCUUGGAGAAAUGGUGUCUGGAACAUUUCGAGCUACUCCCACUUCCACUGCAAAACAGAAACAGAAAGUGACAGAACAUAUUCCUCCCUAUGAUGUGGUACCAUCCAUGAGGCCUGUUGUCCUAGUUGGCCCCUCACUAAAAGGCUAUGAGGUGACAGACAUGAUGCAGAAAGCCCUCUUUGACUUCUUGAAGCACAGGUUUGAUGGGAGGAUAUCAAUAACUAGAGUGACAGCUGACAUUUCUCUUGCGAAGAGGUCUGUUCUUAAUAAUCCAAGCAAGAGAGCAAUAAUUGAGAGAUCGAACACCAGAUCCAGUUUAGCGGAAGUUCAGAGUGAGAUAGAACGAAUUUUUGAAUUGGCACGGUCCUUACAACUGGUUGUUCUAGAUGCAGAUACAAUCAAUCACCCAGCACAACUUAUUAAGACAUCCUUAGCUCCAAUUAUUGUUCAUGUUAAAGUGUCAUCUCCAAAGGUAUUGCAGCGACUGAUCAAAUCAAGAGGAAAGUCACAAAGCAAACACUUAAAUGUUCAGCUGGUUGCAGCAGAUAAACUUGCACAAUGUCCACCGGAAAUGUUUGACGUCAUUCUGGAUGAAAAUCAGCUUGAAGAUGCUUGUGAACACUUGGCGGAAUACCUUGAGGCCUACUGGCGUGCCACGCACACUACCAGUAGUACACCCAUGACACCUUUGCUUGGAAGAAACCUCGGCUCCACCGCACUGUCCCCUUACCCUACUGCAAUCUCUGGAUUACAGAGCCAACGUAUGAGGCACACCAACCAUUCUACAGAGAACUCUCCAAUUGAACGCCGAAGUCUAAUGACCUCUGAUGAAAAGUACCAUAAUGAAAGGGCUCGGAAGACCAGGAACCGCUUGUCUUCCAGUUCCCAACACAGCCGAGAUCAUUACCCGCUUGUGGAAGAAGAGUACUCCGACUCAUACCAGGACUCAUACAAACCUCAUAGAAACCGAGGGUCACCUGGAGGCUAUAGCCAUGAUUCUCGGCAUAGGCUUUGA